AUGGCCGAUACCGAGCGUACGAUCCUCGAUUUUUACCAGAUUCCUACUCUGUAUCCUACAGAAUGGCCAGCUGAGAAGGACCUGGAAGACUUGGACGAUGAUGAUGAAGGCGAGAAAAAUGCUGCUAUAAAAAGAAGACAGUCCCGUUAUCAGGCGCUCGAGAGAGCCGUGAGCCAACGAAGGAGCAACAUUCCCAGAGAAGACGACCAAGGAGGCGUUGGAAACAUUGUUCAAAAAGACGAGCCGGAUCCGCUAGGGACUACCGAUAGCGUCGUCAGAACACUGAAGCAUCUUGGUCUGCCCCUCCAAGAUGACCACCGACUACCUCUCUUCCUCUCCCAGAUGCAUGCUACUGCCGACACUCGGAGUCUCCUUACUGGUCUCGAUGUUCUAUCACAAUCCAUCGAUCAAAAGUCAGCGUCCCUCAAGGUCCUCGUCGAGACCAACUUCGAAAGAUUCGUCAAAGCCAAAGCAACAAUAGAUAAUGUCUAUAAGGAGAUGAAAUACCGCGGAAUGGAACCACCUGACGCCAAUAAUGCGCACUCCAAUGCAGCCCAGCGUCGCAGUUAUCGCAAUAGUGUGGCGGGCGGUGCUGGGUUAGGAAUUAACAAUCCCCUGACAUCUCCUAAUAUUGACACGCGUAAAAAGAAUGCACUGACAAAAGAGAGCGAGUACGGCGUGCUGGGAAUAAAGGGCCCUCUACUGGAAGUUUCUGCAAAGGCUGAGGACGUAUGGGGACCUGCUUUAGGAGGAAGAGAGAAGGAGGAAAACCUCAAAACCGUUUCAAAUCAUCUCACAAGAUUCAAGGACUACGUUGAGCUGAGCACGUCGAUAGCAGACAGCAUCAAACGCAAGGACUAUGAAUCUUUAGUCGACGAGUUCAGCAGGGCAAGGAAGAUUGCAGACGAAGCUCGACGAUUGACAGAGGAAAUAGGGGACGAGACACCAACAGAGCCCCAACUUUACCAGUUGUUGAUAGCGGGACGCAUGUGGUACGAUGUUGACCAGCAGAUACGCGCCUUCAAACGCGACAUCUGGAAGAGGCUGGUCACUCUUCACACCGCAUCCAGGACGGAUGGCACAACUGGCCGUAUUCAAGACCAACAUAUGGAACUCAUCGGACUGCUUCUUGAACUUGGCGCCGAUGACAAUCCCAUCUGGGUGUGGCUCUUGAGUCGAUACGACCAUUUGAAGGGCAAAAUUCAAUCGACAGCAGACCGCUCAAAAGUUGAGAUCGAGGUGCUUCGCCGCCGGCUGGCCAGUAACGAUAAACCGAACCCCAAUAUCAUCGCUGCGCAUCUUCGAUCCCUAGGAAGGCCGGUGAUUGAGGAUAAACCUUUGACAUUCGACUCGCCUGAAGUAAUUGAGCUCUGGGAGAAGAUGUUAUCGUUCCUCAACAGUCUCCUGUCAAGUGAAGGUAUUCUGGGUGAGGUGAUAGAGUUCUGGCAGACAGUGCAGGGGUUCAUCAAUGGGUCUGCUCAAGCCGCCCUCCCCGUUGGAUAUCGCGGCGAGUCUCGGCAUCACCAUGAACUCUCACCGCAGAGCGUUGACGAGCUACGAAAAGGAGCUGUGGAACUAGUGGACUUGCUCCGAGAACACACUUAUUCAUUCUUCGUGGAUAUGCCUCCCGAAGAUGUAUCACUGCUAUUCUCACCAAUCCCCAAUACGCCAGCCCCGACGACGCCCGGAUCCGCCGCAUUGUCGUCUCCAAGAGAUCCUCGCUUUAAUUUCGAUCCAAACAACAUGCCUCCUCCGUCGCCCAAGAGGGGUGAAGUCUGGGAAAAGUUGGCAUUCUGGCCUCCGUGGUCUAAUUCCAUCAGCGGUGUUCACUACCUGUCGAAGAUGCUGACUUUAGUUGGCGCUGGAGCUGGUGACCUAGCGUGUAUUGAGCCAAUAGAGUCCGGAGAAGGCCAGGUGAUUGAUCGCCUUAGGAGUCUUGUUGGGGGUUCCCGAGAGCGAUGCGUGACAGCUUUGUGCGCAGCCUGGAACAGAGAUGCCGAGAAUAUUAAGUAUGUUGAGGACUGGCAGCGCUCGGUUGAGAUGGGAGACGUGACACGAAUGCCAGCUAGCUUCGCUGCCUUCGAAGGAGCAGUCCUAUCAGGCAUGCAGAAAAUACUCUACAUCCCCGACGCCAUGUCCAGGUCAGGCUCGGGAGAUAUUGUCUUGCCACCUCCGACCAAACUUCUCAUGAUGGUCCGCAGCCAGUAUGUUACCACUCUGUACAAGGCAUUGAGUGGCAUGGUCGAAAACGCCGAGCGCUCUUUGAAGAAGACGGAGGACGAUUGGUUAAUCGAUAGCGAGAGAUCGCUUGCAUUGGCUGCGGCGCCGAGCAUGGCGGGCAAAGGGGCAUUGGACUCAGGGGAUAGGAACAUUCGCAUGCUCAUGACCCUGAGUAACUUGUCAUCAUUGCGGUCACAAGUAGUGCCAAGUCUCAACUUGCAAUUUGAGAACGCCUUCUCUGUCAAGUUGACUGAUGAGUCCAAAAAGAUCCGUGAGGUUCUUGGACAGAUUCACGAACGUCUUUUCCAGUCCUACACGAAACAGUCAAUCGAAAGGCUUCGCGAUGUCAUUCAAUCUGGCAUCUCAGCCCCUGACUGGGCUCCUGGCCAAGGGCAGCGUACCCAGGCAGCUAAACCAUAUGUCUACGAGGCGCUUCUUACUCUCGUACUUGUCCACUCUCAGGUUUCUACUACUGCGCCGGCUCUUACAGUCGAAGUCUUGUCAUUCCUCCUCGAACAGACGUCCACCCAGCUCCUAGAAGCCUUCCGACGUCGGCCGCGAUAUACUCUAGAGGCACUCAUGCAAGCAACCCUCGACGUAGAAUUCGUUGCCCAGACCCUCAGCCACUACACUUCGGAGCGUGCUUCGGAGCUUCAGAGCCAGAUCUAUCAAGAGCUUGAUGCACGUACGGACAACGAGGCCCGCGCACGUCUCCAAGGUGAACUGUCCGAAAUGCGCAACGUUCUCAAACGUCUGAGAGAAGCGAGCAAAAAUGAAUUUGCUUGCUUCAAGAAGCCAAAGAGGCUAGGCCACGGCCCAAGCAGGAAUAAUAGCGGACUCUCUGGUAUCUCAGCCUAG